UUGACGACAAGUGCAUGACUUUCCUUGAAGUGCAGUUAAUGCAGUCCUUGGCAAUGCGAAAGUCAGCCAGCCAGUUGGUGAGAAGCCGUGGACUCGGCCGCUUGUGUUCACAAUGUCUGACGCGAGUCCGGUGAAAGUUUAGUGAGAUGCGGCUCUUAAGCGCCUUUAUGUUUGUGGUGACAUGGACAGCAAGCAGUGCGGGGUACGACUACGCGUCGGCGUGCGCGCGGCCGUACCGCGCGAGUCGUGCGCGUGCGCCGGCCGCUCCUUGUGACCUCAGCAAGCAGAGCUUCUGCACCACGCCCGGCACCAACUACCCUUGGCACGCGAUCAGGAGAUUUGUUAGAGAGAACCAGGGUCUCAUGAGGAGAAUGUACGGAGAAGAACGUCACAUAUCAGUGUUGAAAGCAGAGUUGGAAAAUUUCAUAGAAAUUGACGGAGAAGACGAUAUGAAAAAACCCACAAAUUUCGCGGAGGAUAUUAUUAAAACGAAAAUGAUGUAUACAAAGAUAGGCACCGGUCGUGCCAUGAAAGAUAAGCCUCACUUCAGGCCAAUUCAAUCCAACGAUAAAAACAAAAGAGUUGAAAAUGAAACACUAAAAGUAAAACCUUUAAAUAAUAAUAUAAAAGUUAAUAAAACUCACAGCGGUAAUAAAACAGAAACAACCAGUAAUACGACUGAUAAUGCAGAAAAUGGAAUUUCCUAUAAGACUAAACUAGAAAGCAUAGCCAAUAUAGAGAUAAAUAAUUUAGAUCCAGAUAUUAUUACACUUGAGGCUGUUAUAAAACAAAGCAUAGAAACUAAUGGCAUAUUUAGUAAACCAUCUGGUGAUUCUAAAAGAGAACCUAUUAAAAUUGAUGAAAAAAAUAAAACUUCGUCGAAUAAAAACACCACUACAGAAAAUAUAUUAAACACAACUGAGAGUUUGACUGAAGACUAUGAUGACGAAGCAACCACAGAAACUGAUAAAGAUGGCUUUAAAUCUAUGGAUGCAGAUACGUCGACUUUACCUCCAACACUUCUUUUUUCCGAACACGAAAAGAUUAACACGAAAGCUGAUAAAACUGAUACAAAAAUUAAUGACAAAAAAGAAGAGUUUCAUCUUAAACCGCUUCAGCAUGCAGAAAAUUUGCGGCCAGCUUUUAUAAAAUUACGAGGAGCAAACGCUUGUGAAACAAAAGAAGAGAUGCAAGCUCCAUUCUGGGCCAACAACACUAGGGGCGAGGUGUUGGCGCUGCUUAACAUGUACCCCUUCGAGCAGUAUAUACACCUGGAAACAUGCGUCCAAGAAAAGAAGCAAAUGUACUGUCGAGAAGGAUGCUUAUGCGAGCAGCAAUACCGGUUACACCGACUCUUAGCAUACGACCCUCACAACGAGUGCCGCGGUAUCUUCGCUGACUGGUUUAAGUUCCCGGCGUGUUGUGUGUGCAAGUGCUAUGACGUGCCGGUCGAGUUUCGUGCCAGAUCGCCCAGGAUACACCACCCUCGGUACGACGAGGAUGUCAAAAGAGUCAUAUAUGAGGACGCAGCGAGGGAUUGGUACGCGAUGUCAGCUUUCGGAGAUGAAGAGGAUGAUUUGUUCUAAAGAUUCUCUUGUCCUCUGAUACUAACAGAAGAUGUAGUUAACUUAACCCACCUGGAUUAAUUUAGGUUUGAAUUAGAAGUUAACACGCAACUCAAAGUUAAGCUCAAAUUAAUGUCUUUGAGUAAUAUUAGUAAAUUUAAUUGUACUUAAUUUGUAUAUUAUAUUUAUCCUUGUAUAUAUGAAAUCAUAGCAGCUCAAUAUAGAUUACUCUUUAAAAUAUAACAAAAAACUAUAUUACAAAUCUGCCUUUGUAGAUAGGAUCACAGAGCAACUAGUUAUUACGUGAUUGGAUGACGAAGGCUUUAGUGACAUCAUAUAUAGCAAAGAGAAUUUAUUUGCAACUCUUUUUUUUUUUUCUAGUUAUUUUAUAUUUCUUUUUUUGUCAACAAGGGACAUAAAGUUUAUCUUUAUAGUUUAAAGAAAAUUAAAAUGCCUAAUAACAUUUUGCAAUUACAAGAAAACAAUUAAAAAAUUAUAUAUUUAUAAAUAGAUAUGAUUUUCAAAUAACAAAUUUUCCCUUUAUUUUUAACUAACUGUAUAAUUGCGGUGCAUGGUCGUAUCGUGAAGUUUAAUAUUUAAAACCUUUCUCAAAAAAAAAAAGAAAAGCUGUCAACUGCAAAAAGCAUUUUUCAAAUGCGACUGAUAUUUCCAGAGAGUAACUUGUUUGAACAAACAGUUAAUUCCAAUUUAUAAUAUCAAAUAUAGACAAGAAAUUCUGCCAUCAGGUGCAAAACUUAUAUGAAUUUCCCUUAUUACUAAAGAAAUUUUAAAUGAGUAGGCACCUAUAGUGAUAAAUUUAUUAUACUUAUUUUUCUUUUCACGAAUUUUACAAAUAUCUUGAUAAAAACGCUGCUGUAACUACAUUAUAUCAGUUAUAACACAAUUUUAUUUUAAUAACUUUGCUAGAUAUUAAAUGAAAAAAAAAAAAAACAAUAUGUCUGUCAUAUUUUUGUGUAAUAUCCUACCUAUCAUAUACAAUGUAUUUUGUAUUCUAGGGAUAAAUAAAUAAAUAAUAGUUAUUUAUUAAUUAUGAUUUUUCAUUUUAUAGUUAUCGCUUUUUUUUUAAUUUAAGGCUAGUGAAAUAUUGUAAAUAAAUGUAAAUUAUCAUGU